CCUGGGUCCUCCUCUACCCCCGAGCCCCGACCCGGCCCCCGCAAAUUCCCCUCAACACGUUCCCUCCUUCCCCCGCACCGACCCCCACUCACUCCCGGGCUGCCCCCUCCCCCCACCCGCUCCCCGACCCUGGCCGGAGGGCGUGGCUACGUCCGCCCGGGUCACCAAGGCAACGGCCGAGAGGCGCAGUGCGCACGCGCGCCCCUGACGCUCAGGCCGCCGCUAGGCUGAGGUGAAGGUGGAGGGCUGAGGUGAAGGUGGAGGGCGCAGGAUCCGCGGAGCUGCGCCCGUACCCCAGCGCUUCAGGGCAUCCCUCGGAGCCUGGGCGCCGGGCCUCCGGGGCGUCCGGGACUCGUCCCCUCUGCCGCCCGAGGUCGCAGGAUAGCGGGGGACGCCGAGAGGAGGCCGCGCCCAGCCCGGAUGGGCGGUGGGGCCCCUGGGGCCUGGGGCGCCGCUGACUCGGCCCGGACGGACGGCGGUGGGGGGCGGGGAUGGGGUCGGGGUGCCGGGCCGCGCAGACGCCCUGGGACCCCCGCGGAGCCCGGGGUGGGGCCCAGGGCCCGGAGAAAGUUUUCCCGCGUGGCUAUGGCUUUGUCAGAGUCAGGAGCGGGAGAGGCGCCCACAGAUUCCUGAGGACAGAACCGCCUGGUUCCCAGGCCGAAAGGAGCCGGCGAAGCGACCCCCGAGCCCGGGACGGAGCAGCGGGAACGGGGGACUCUGGACGUCCGGAUCUUCCUGGGCGUCCGCACCCGCCCAGCAAGUUAAUUUUUGCGCGACGCACUUCGUAUCGCUUCUUUCUCUCAGCAAAUAUGUAUUCAUGUGUGCAGUCAUGUAAAAGCGCAUUUUAAAGGAGGAUCCAGAACUAUGAGCUCCCUUGAAAAACUGCAAGCUUCGUAACUUUACAACUCUUAAAAAAAUGAAAUGUACCUUUAGAGUUUCCAAGAAGUGAUGAGCAGCAAAGCUUUUAAAAUGAAAGGGGCUCUGAAUUGUCUUUGGGAGCUGCCGGCCAGGAUCCCCGAGAACCGAGGGGGUGGCGCCUGUGCCCAAGGCAUGGGGGGACCUCGGGGCCGUGCGCGGGACGCACAGGGAGGACAGGGACUGGGCCUGGCAGGGGCCCCUCAGCCGAGUGGGAAGAGCCAGAUACUAACCUAAUGGUACUAACCUAACGAUACCAUCACCCAGAGAGGAGGGCAGCACCCCCACCGACACCCCUACCCAGUGACUGCUAAACCCACCAGCCACAAACAUCACGAAAUAGAAUAAAACACGGGCGCCUACUAAGGACCACUCCACCCAGUACAAACUAAAUUUGAGAGUUCCUCUUCACGCAAAUAUUAAGAAUGUUAAAAAUGUAUAUAUGCUCCUUUCAAAUAGGCCUAAUAGGCCAGACCUCCUGGGCUAGAAGGCUUAGAAAAUUGCAAAUGCAAGAUGGCAUGGUGUUUCUCCGGGGUGCUGUCAAAAUAAGCACACCGCAAGCACAAAUUGAUGAAAGUCAAAAACUAUCAAACAGAGGUUGCAAAACAAAACCAGGAUCCAAACACAGCCCAUUCAAAGACGCUAGAAAAAACCAACUCAGAACGCUUGGACAAAUAACACAAAUCCCCCUGGCUAAUGCGAAGGAACACAGGAUUUAUGCCCAGACAGCUGGCUUCCUCUCAGUCUAUCGACAUCCACUCCAUGAAUUGUCAUUAAACUACUAUGGAAAUGAUGUUAGACAAAAAGCAAAUUUGAUUUCAAAAUGGGCUGUAAAGCAGUGGAGACAACUCAGAACAUCAGCAAUGCAUUUGGCCAAGGAACUGCUGAUGAAUGUACAGUGCAAUGGUGGUUCAAGAAGUUUUGCAAAGGAGACAAGAGCCUUGAAGAUGAGGAGCUUCUUCAUGGCUCCUCCUCAGAAGUUGACAACCACCAGUUGGGAGCAAUCAUUGAAGCUUAUCCUGUUACAAGUACACGAGAAGUUGCCGAAGAACUCAACAUCGACCAUUCUAUGGUCAUUCAGCAUUUGAAGCAAAUUGGAAGGGUGAAAAAGCUCAAUAGGUGAGUGCUCAUGAGCUGAGUGAAAAUUUUUAAAAACUGUCAUCUUGAAGCGUCAUCUUCUCUUAUUCUACGCAACAACAAUGAACCAUUUCUCAUUUGCAUUGUGACAUGCAAUGAAAAGUGAAUUUUUUAUGACAACCAGCGAUGACCAGCUCUGUGGUUGGGCUGAGAAGAAGCUUCAAAGCACUUCCCAAAGCUAAACUUGCACCAAAAAUAAAGGUCAUGGUCACUGUUUGGUGGUCUGCUGCUGGUAGACAAUCCACUACAGCUAUGUGAAUCUUAGCAAAACCAUUACACCCGAGAAGUAUGCUCAGCAAAUCAGUGAGAUGCACUGAAAACUGCAAUGACUUCAGCUAGUAUUGGUCAACAGAAAGGGCUCAAUUCUUCUCCGUAAUAACGCCUGACUGCACAUCACACAACUGCUUCAAAAGUUGAACAAACUGGGCUACGAAGUUUUUCCUCAUCUGCCAUAUUCACCUGACCUCUUGCCAAUCUACUACCACUUCUUCAAGCAUCUUGAGAACUUUUUCUGGGAAAAUGCCUCCACAACCUGCAGGAUGCAGAAAAUGCUUUCCAGGAGUUCAUCAAAUCCCAAAGCACAGAUUUUUAUACUACAAGAAUAAACAACCUUAUUUCUCAUUGGCUAAAAUGUGUUGAUUGUAAUGGUUCCUAUUUUGAUUAAUAAAGAUGUGGUUGAGCCUAU